AAACUCACUGGAAGAUCUGGAACCAUAAGCUCUCCAAACUUUCCAAACGUUUACCCUCAGAGUACUGAAUGCUGGUAUAGGAUAACAGUUCCAAAUGGCUAUAGAGUAGAGUUGACGUUUAGAUAUUUCAGACUUGAAGCUAAAAGAGGUAUGUAUGUUAGUAAGUAUAUACGUAGGUAGGUUGAUAGGCUGGUAGGUAGGUAAGAGAUCUAGAGUUAGACAGUAGUGCAAAUGACGAAAGACUUUCACAACUUUUAAUGUUAUUGUAGAAUCAGUCGCAAAUUGACCGCAGUCAUUAUUCCAAGCAGUUAGAUAAUGUAUCCAAAAAUCAAGAUUAACGUUUCUCUGUCUUUGUCCCUUGGGAAGCCCUUACAUUUUCUCUUAAUUAAACCAGCUUAAUACGGACACCCGUUAAUGCUAACAACGGACUCCUGCUUCUUGCCUAAUCAACAGAUUCUCAUAGAAAAUCAACCUAACUAAUGCGGACACUUUCCUUUAUGAAGGUAGAAAAAUCCGUCAGUUGACAGCACUUCGAUGUUCCCGGCACUACAGUAGAACGGAUGGGAUGAUUUGAAGUCGUCAAUUUCAGACUAUUUUGGCACCCUUCAAUUUAUGCAGAGAACGGUAUCGAUUAAGAAAUACAUAGAUGAGCGAUUUUUGAGUGUUUCCAUGAAUUUAAUCAUCAGCAAAAUAACGGUUUUGUGAAGGUUACAGCUGAGGUUAGAGAUGUUUAAUUCGACGAUGCUGAUGUCCUCUUUUAUUCCCCUAGUAUUUCCUACAAAUACAAAGUGUCUUUUUGACUUUCAUAACAUGACCCGCUUAAUACGGACACCCCGUUACUACGGACAUUUUCUAUGGCCCUUUCAGUGUCCGUGUUAACGGGGUUUGACUGUGCAUAGAUUUAAGUGAGAUUGGUCAUGUUGUGAAUGCUGUCAUCAUUAUAGUCAGUUUACACUUUAACUAGUCAUCUCUUUUUUGGUGAGUAACGUUUUGAUUAUCACGGUGAUAACUGAAUGAGCGAGUUAAACCUGGGCUUCCGGAUCCCAGACAAAGUGUCCCUUUCCCUUGAAUAGCGGUGUCCCUUUAAAUGAAGUAAUUAAUACAAAGAUUAUUACUUUGUCUCAAAAUCAGCAAGUCGAUAGGAAUACAUUAUAGCUAAGAUUCGACAUUAUGCCCCGCGUCGUGUUUUACUUUCAAUUUACAACUCGUUAAGUGUCCCUUACUUAACUUAUGGUAUUGGGAAACUGUGCCCUGACAUUUCAAAGAAAGAUCGUAAUUCUACAAAAACGGGCCUUACGUCUCACUUACUUCAGUAAGUCUAAGGAACACGACGUACCCUUCUUUCUCAAAUCGAAUUGCCAUCCCCUUGCUAGCCUAUUUUUCAGACAUUGUAGCUAUUUAUUGUAUGAUAUCAACAGACAGACAGCACCAGUUAGUAUACUCAAUCACUUUGUUAAAACAAGUCGCAUAUGCAUUCAUAACUACAGAGCAAGAUCCGUCUCUAGUGACUCGUUUUAUGUUAAGUUCUCUAGAACCGAUAAAAUGUAUGCCUUUUUCUCGAGAAUCGGUGCCCAAAUUUGGAACUCUAUUCCUUAUUCGAUUGAAAUAUACUUAAACGUUCGUCCUUUCGUAAAAAAUUAAAGGAAUUAUUACUAAAUUUCUUGCGAUCAGAAAAUGAUUCUGUCGAAAUCUCCCGUCUUAUUAAGUUAUUUAAUACUUUAGGUUAGCCUCUCUUCGUAAUCGUUAUGUACUUACCUCGUUUUUUACUGGUUUAUUCUAUUUACCGUAUAGUACUGCCUUCACUGUUAUUUAGUCCAUCUAUAAAUAAACCUUGUACUUUUAAUGUCUUCAGCUCCCCCAGCCUCGAUUAGUUUAUAAGCUAUUUGCGGGUGGGAAAGUAAUGUAAUCAGUUAUAUUUUCAAUAAAAUUUGUUUGUUGUUGUUGUUGUUGUUUGUGAUUAUUUUUCUGGGACUUUUGUGUCCCCUGGAGGUGUCCCUUGAAUAGAGUGUCCCAAAGGAGAGGUGCCACUGUGGGAUUUUCAGAAACGUUGCAGUCAUACUGCUAGCCUUCUAUAGUUUCUUUUUGGCUUUAGGCAUGUAACUUUGCUAGAGUUGGCCUUCUUGGAAAAUUACUCUCGCGUGUUUGUUUACCUCAAGCAUGUAUGUACCAGAAUUCAACCUCAGCUAUUGCGAGAAUACGUGGGAAGACCUCGAAUUUAUCGGGAAACAGAACAAAAAGCCAGGUCAUUGGAUGCAACAACAAUUUCAUUGACCUGUAUAGCUUACGGUGUUUUGUGUUUCAAAUUGUAUUGACCUUUAUUAGACAGGAGAGCUCAAAUAAACGGCAAUGUUCUCAAAAAUUAAACCACAAUAUUCUCAAACAUCGCCAUGUAUCAACAUGGCGGAAAUCAAGAUCGUGUGAUGAUAUGAAUAAUUUUUUGCCAUAGUUACCUCACUGUACAGCAAAAUUAGUCAGACUUGCCAUUUUUCGUCAAAUCCCUUCUAUGUGAGGAGCUAAUUUGAAUAAGUUUGGUGAUCUGACAAAUCAAAUUCACCUCGUGCAGCCGAUGGCAAACUUUUGUCAGAUUUGCCAUUGUCGUUGUUGCAUGCAUUUUGGAACAUACAUGUAACGUCAAUGACUUUUACCCUGACAUCCUGGCCUGUUUCUUUGCAGGAAUAGGGUGCGUUGAUUAUGUUCGAAUUUGGGAUCUUUACCAUCCUCUUGGAGAGUUCUGUGGAAUCUCCUCUCGCUUUAGUCUCAAAUAA